UCCACAAAGACCCCAAAAUCUGGAGUGACGUGCCCUGGCGUGGAUUAUGAAGUCCCUCCGGCCGUGUGUUUUCUCUUGCUGACCUCUGCGCGUGUCUACGCGGAGGGUCCACUGAUCAAACUCCUCAUCAUGCAUCAACUUUUCAGAUUGGUUUUGGGACAAAAAGAUCUUUCACGAGCCGGGGACCUCUUCUCCUUAGAUGACUCUGAGAUUGAAGACAGCCUGACAGAAGCUUUGGAGCAGAUUAAAAUAAUUAGCUCAUCUUCAGAUUACCAAACCAAUAACAAUGACCAGGCAGUGGUUGAAAUCUGUAUCACAAGAAUCACAACAGCCAUCAGAGAGACAGAGUCCAUUGAGAAGCAUGCCAAGGCCCUUGUGGGGCUCUGGGACUCCUGCCUGGAACACAGCCUGAGACCCUCAGGGAGGGACGAGGACCCGCCUCAUGCAAAAAUCGCAUCUGAUAUCAUGAGCUGCAUUUUACAGAAUUACAACCGGCCCCCUGUGAUGGCACUAGCCAUCCCCAUUGCCGUGAAGUUCCUCCACAGAGGCAGCAGGGAGCUGCGCAGGAGCCUGUCUAACUACCUGUGUCUGGCUGCCAUCGCCAAGGCGGAGCUCCUGGCCGAGCACACCGAGGUGAUAGUCAGGAGCAUACUUCAAGGAAACACCAUGUUGCUGAGGGUGCUGCCUGCCGUGUGUGAAGAGCAGCCUCAGCCCAUCCACCGACACCUGACAGGGCUCCUGGCCUUGAUGCCUCAGCUGGAGCAACCAGAGCAGUACCAUCUCCUGCGGCUUCUGCACGUGGCAGCAAGGAGGCGACAAGUGGAGGUGGUUCAGAAGUGUGUUCCUUUCCUAAUCAGGCAUUUGAAGGAUGCAACCCACAAUGACGUCAUCCUAAACAUCCUCACAGAGAUCUCGGGCUAUGAGCCAGCGGCGCUGGACAGCUUUCUUCCAAGGCUGAAGGAGAUCGGGGAAAGGUUCCCUUGCCUCAUCGGACAGCUGGCCAGGAUUUAUGGAGCUGUUGGGCUUGUGGAUGAAGAGAGAGCCAGGAGCUGCCUGCUGUACCUGGUGAGCCAGCUGGCCAGCCCGGAGCAUUCGUCCCACCACGUCCUGCUGUUGGAGAUCAGGCGCAUCACUGAGGCCUUCUCCGGCAUCCUGGGCCCUCAGAGCAGAGACAUCUUCCGCAUGAGCAACAGCUUCGCCACCAUUGCUGGGCUCCUUUCCCAACAGCUAGAAACCUCCAGGGCCGGGAGUGGCAGCAGAAAAACCAGCACUGAAAAUGGGUUCCCUGAGAAACCCGGAGAAGCCAAGCUCAUGGGACCUGGAAACGAAGACCAGGACAAACUCCAAGUUAAAAUCCAGGCUUUUGAAGACAAAAAGCUUGCUGAAGGUAGUGCCCUUGGCUCCAUCAGAAGACACAGUUUGGGCCAAGUUUCUAAGGAAGAAAGAAAAAACAUCAGAUUUAAUAGAUCAAAAAGCUUGGCUUUCCACACUGCGCUCACCAGGGGUGUGAGUUCAGAUGACGGGGAAGGAGAGGAGCCUGCAGGGAUGCUCAGCAGCCUCUCCCUUUCAGAAAUAGCCCCCUUCAGCCAUGAAUGUGGCAGGUCACCCCCGAAGAUGGACACCGUCGGGUCACAGCCAAGAAAUUCCUCAGCUUCACACCCAAGUAUUAUACACAUAGCACCUGAGGAUUUGCCAGAAAUGGUUAAGGAGGACUUCCAGGAGGAGACUUCAGAGACAACCAGGAGUCCUGAGGAAUACCAAGACAAGCUCUACCUGCAUCUGAAGGAGAACCUGGGUAAAGUGAAGGCCUACGCCACAGAAAUCGCAAGAAAGAUUCCAGUCCCUGACCAGUGCACCAUAGAAGACACUGUGAGAAGUUGUGUGGCGAAGCUGUUCUUCACCUGUUCCCUCAAGGGUCAUUACUGCCUGUACAGCAAGUCCAGCUUCAUCCUCAUCAGCCAAGAGCCUCAGCGGUGGAUCCAGAUCAUGCUUCUGUUUCAGCAGAGCCUGUUUCCUGAGCCCCUGUCCAUACAGAGCCGCUCCGUGCAGUUCCUCAGAGCGCUGUGGGAGAAGACCCAGGCAGGAGCCACCCACAGCUUCGAAACAGCCAUGACAGAGUCCACGUUUCCUCAGCAGAAGGACCUGGACCAGGUACAGCUCCAUCUGGAGGAGGUGCGGUUCUUUGACGUGUUUGGCUUCAGUGAAGCGGCCGGAGCGUGGCAGUGCUUCAUGUGCAACAACCCCGAACGAGCCAGCGUUAUAAACCAAGAUGGGCAGCCUCUCAUCGAAGGGAAACUGAAGGAGAAGCAAGUCAGAUGGAAGUUCAUCAAAAGGUGGAAAACUCGUUACUUUACACUGGCUGGAAAUCAACUUCUGUUUCAAAAAGGAAAGUCAAAAGAUGAUCCCGAAGAUGCCCCAUUAGAGCUCAGCAAGGUACAGAGUGUGAAAGCCGUGGCCAAGAAACGCAGGGACCGCUCUCUCCCCCGGGCUUUUGAAAUCUUCACAGACAAUAAAACCUAUGUUUUCAAGGCCAAGGAUGAGAAGAAUGCAGAAGAGUGGCUGCAGUGCCUCAGUGUGGCAGUUGCCCAAGCCAAAGAGAGGGAAAACAGAGAAGUGACCACGUAUCUGUAG